AUGAAAGUCACACGCCAUAAUGAGAGAUGUACAAACAGAAGCAUUACGCUUUGCACCGAUGGCGAAAGCACUGAAGAGAAAAAAGCAAAACAAAACCAGUUGGUGACAAUUCAAGCAAACUUUGGUGGCAAAAACCACAACAAAUUUGAGUCAAACAAAAAAUCAGCUAUAGGCUACAUUGUGCAGAAAAUUAGUGAAAUAAAAAACACGCAGGGAAUCAUGUCAAGCCACCCGACUGGGCAAACUGCAUUCCCUCGCUCAAUACGCGACUCUCAAAAGAGUAAAAAAAUCUGGGGACCGGGAAAAGGCUGGAUUGCAAUGAAAAGAAGGGCACUGUAUGAAGAUGAAGGUUACAUUAGCCACAAUGAGGUGCCACAGCUAGCUUUAUUAAGAACUACAAUUUCCCCUGAAUAUUGUGCUACAAGAUAUGCACAGUUUAAGGAUGAAUGUUAUUGUUAUUGUUAUUGGCAUCUCAUUAUGGUCUUUCUUUACGGGAUCAUUACAUCCGAGUACUAUCUGGAUAAAUCUACCCACAAUCGUCAUCAGCCUGUCUGUUAUUAA